AUGAAAAAGGUUACCAAUGAAGAGAUUAAAACAAUUGAAUCAGCAGUAAAUACAAUUGGUGGAGGUGAAUUAUAUUCAUUUUUUAAAAUUUCAAAUUAUUCAAAUGAAGCAGAAAUAACAAAAGCAUAUAAUGAAUUCAAAAAAAUAAAUAAUAAUGAUACAACAGCAAUGGAUAGUUGUUAUAAAGUUUUAUCAGAUUCAAGAUUAAGAUCAAUUUACGAUUCAAUUUAUUUCAAAGAUUUAAUAAAACAAAAUAAUAAUAUUCAACAACAAUCAAAACAACAACAUCAACAACAUCAAUCAGGAAAUCAAAUUGAUGAAAAUAAUAAAUUAUUAUUAUUAAAAACAUUAUCAAUUCCAUUAUAUACCUUAUCAACAAUUUUAAAUGCAAAUUCUGGAAUUAUUAAUAAUAAUAAUAAUCAAAUUAAUUUAUUAAAUGGUGGAAUAAUUAAUUAUUUAAUUAAAUCUCAUAAAGAAUUAAUUCAAUUAAUUUUUGAAAAAAGUGGAAUAAUUGGAUUUUAUAGAGGAAGUAUUUUCAAGGUAAUUUCAUAUCCAUUCCAAAAAUUAUUUGUUAAUAUUCCAUCAUCAAUUUUAUUGAAUCAAUGUUUUUAUAAAAAUAGUUUUAUUAAACCAUUAAUUUAUAAAACAAUUUCAGAAUUUCCAUCAACUUUAUUAUCAGAUUAUAUGAUUUUAUCAUUUUCGACACCACUAAUUAAUCAAAUUAAAAAUUUAUUUGGAAAUAACAGCAGUGGUGGUGUUGUUGUUAUUGACUCAAUUUCAAUAAAGAAUUUAUUUUAUUCAAUUGGAUCAUCAAUUAUUUUAUUAUCAACAAGAAGAUUAAUUUUAAAUUUAAUUAAAAAAGUUGAAAUUAAAAUAAUUCAAAGUAAAAUUGAAAAUCCAAAUUCUAAAUUAAUAAAAUAUAGUCAAAUAAUUUAUUGUAAUCCAGUAAUUCAAUGUUUGUUAACAACUUUAUUAAUUAAUCCAUUAGAAGUUUUGCGUUUACAAUCAAUGGUAUCAUAUUUAAAUAAUUCUUCAAAUAAUUUAAAAAUUUUAUCACCAAUUCAAAUGGUUAUUGAUUUAAUUAAAAAUCAAAAUUCAAAUUUAUUUGGUUAUUUAUUUAAUGGUGCUCCAACUUUAUACCUUUAUUUAUUAAUUUUAAAUUUAAAAAAAUUAAAUAAUAAUAAUAAUAAUGAUAAUAUUCAUUCAUUAAUAUAA